AUGGCUGAAGUAGGAGCAGUUUCAAGACCAGAAGAUGGUGCAUUUAAUGAAUGUUGGAAAGUGUCAUGGAGAACUCCUUAUAUUACAAGACUGGCGCUAUCGGCAGGCAUCGGAGGUCUCUUGUUUGGUUAUGAUACAGGGGUUAUUUCUGGUGCCCUACUUUACAUUAAAGAGGAUUUUGAGGAGGUUGGGAAGAGCAUUAUUUUGCAGGAAGUGAUAGUGAGCAUGUGUGUGGGAGGAGCUAUCAUAGGUGCAGCAUUUGGGGGAUAUUUCAAUGACAGGUUCGGUAGGAAAAAGGCUAUAUUGGGAUCAGAUGUGGUGUUCUUUGUAGGUGCCAUUGUGAUGGCAUUUGCACACGCUCCUUGGCUCAUUAUUCUCGGAAGAUUUCUUGUCGGUCUGGGAGUAGGAUCCGCAUCCAUGACUUCGCCUCUCUACAUAUCGGAAGCUUCCCCCGCCAGAAUUAGAGGAGCUCUCGUCAGCACCAACGGUUUUCUCAUCACCGGAGGCCAAUUCUUGUCGUACCUCAUCAAUCUCGCCUUCACCCGGAUACCAGGAACUUGGCGUUGGAUGCUGGGCGUUGGCGCUGUUCCCGCUCUGAUUCAGUUUAUGGUGAUGCUUUCUCUUCCUGAAUCCCCUCGAUGGCUUUUCCGAGAGAACAAGGUUAAAGAGGCCAGACUUAUCCUCGAGAGACUCUAUCCUGCGGAAGAAGUCGAAGAGGAGAUAAGGGCUAUGUUGGAAUCCAUUGAACUCGAAAGGGAAAUGGAAGCUUCUAUCGGAAAAGAUAUCAUCUCUAAAGUCAGAGGAGCAUUCAAAGACACCAUUGUUCGCAGAGGUCUGUAUGCAGGCAUUGCGGUUCAGGUUGUUCAGCAAUUCGGAGGCAUUAAUACUGUGAUGUACUACGCUCCCACUAUAGUUCAGUUCGCUGGAUUCGCUUCCAAAUCCAUGGCGUUAAGCCUCUCGCUCGUUACUUCAGGACUGAAUGCAAUUGGUUCCAUCAUUAGCAUGAUCUUCGUGGAUCGAUACGGGAGGAGAAGGUUGAUGAUUAUCUCCCUGCUUGGAAUGAUUUUCUUCCUCGUGUCCUUAGCCGUUGUUUUUCAAGAAGCUUCAACUCACGCCCCCCAUGUUAGCCCCCGAGAGUCUUAUAGAUUUGGUGCUAAUGCAACUUGUCCCAGUUACAUCAAAGAAAAGAAUACAACCAAAUGGGACUGCAUGGAUUGUCUCAAAGCACAAUGUGGAUUCUGUGCUAAUGCCAAUACAGUUAAGUUCUACCAUCCUGGAUCAUGCGUUGUUUCAAGCAAGGCGUUAAGACGGGAAUGCCAGGCGACUCGGAGGGUAUGGUUUGAGACGGGCUGUCCGAGCAGAGUAGGGUAUCUUGCAGUAGUAAUUCUUGGAUUCUACAUAAUCUUCUACUCGCCCGGAAUGGGGACUGCGCCGUGGAUCAUAAACUCCGAGAUUUAUCCGAUACGAUACAGAGGGGUGGGAGGAGGAAUAGCUGCAGUGGCUAACUGGACUUCAAACCUGAUUGUCAGUUUAUCAUUUCUUUCAAUGGCAAAUACUUUUACAGUUGCCGGGGCGUUCCUGUUUUUCGCAGGAGUUACUUUUCUAGGACUCGUAGCGAUUUACUUCUUAGUACCUGAAACCAAAGGUUUACAGUUUGAAGAGGUUGAGAAGAUGCUGAAAAGUGGGUUCAGGCCAUCAGCAUUUAGAAGAAAAUCUUCAGAAGAUUUUGAAAUACUUAAUUAA